AUGAACACGUGCAUUACCAUGACGACUCCGUGCACCAAACACUUCGGUUGCUUUGCUACCUUACGUUUUGUUUGCCAAAAACACCUCUUCCAAAUCAAAUUACAAAAAAUCUUUCAAUUCGCGGUCAUCAUGCAGCUCUUCAGUCUGCACCGGAAAUCGAUUUACAUCCUCUACCAAAACCGUCUUUGUUCCCUCUCCACGCUAACAACCGCCUUCAUAGUCCUACUCUCCUUGCUCCUUCCCUACUGUGUCAUAUCCUACAUAAACCCCGGCACGCUGUGGGAUCGCUAUCGGUUGGUUUACGAACAGCCCAAAGUCCACUUCGACUACCAGUAUCUCUUCCUGGCGGAAAUGGAUCGCCCCGGUGAUAAUGUCAAUCGCCUAACCACGUGCAGCUCGUACGAAUCCUACAACAUGCUAACGGACGACCAAAGCCAUCAGGACUGCAAUGCCAUCAAGGUAAUGAUAGACGACAGCAAUACGGAUGGCAAAAUAGAUAAGCUAAGUGCAUCCGUUUCGAUCAAUUCGCCUGACGAUUCGGUGAGAUUGGUGUUUUAUACGUUCUACUUCUUUUUGAAAGCGGUAGUUGAGAGCAACUGUCACUUCACCAUUCCCACCAUGAUUUCUCUGAGCAAACAAAGCCCGCCGAUCCAGUCAUUCACUUCCGGCGUCAUCUCGCACUUUGGACACCUCCGUGCAGUUCAAUCAACCGCCCUACAGUGUCCAUUUGUCUUGCGUAACAUCAAAACUCACUUCAACCACAAUUUCCAUCCGAACGAGAACUUUACCUCGGUUGAGGAAUUCCUACCGGAAAGGAUCCUGCAUCGAAUCGAAUCGUCCAAUGCCGUCUACUAUGGGUUCGAUCCAGCACGCACUCAGUGGACCCGGGAUGGAAGUGGUACCGUGGAAAUCCGGGUUGAACUGUUGAUCGGCGGGGAGGAUGUCCAGAAGACUGCCCUGCUGUACAAUGCUUCCCUUUGGCAGAAAGUGGCCCAAUUUUGGACCCAGUACUUUUCGGUGCUGAUUGUGUUCCUGUGGGUGGCCGAUAAGCUGAAGGAUUUGAUGUUCGACGGUCACUGGAUCCGAGCGAUGAAGGUCGUUCCGUGGAAGGAUAAAGUUUUGUAA